AUGUCUGUGCUGUCGCUGGUUCUGGGCCUCCUUGCCCUUAUUGGCUCAUGUGAAAGCAGCAACUGGGGGUGCUAUGGAAACAUCCGAACCCUGGAUACCCCUGGGGCGUCUUGUGGGAUUGGAAGACGCCGAGGCCUGAACUAUUGUGGAGUUCGUGCUUCUGAAAGGCUGGCUGAAAUAGACAUGCCAUACCUACUGAGAUAUCAACCCACGAUGUACACUGUUGGCCAAAAGUACUGUGUGGAUCCUGCAGUGAUCGCUGGUGUCGUGUCCAGGGAGUCUCCUGGUGGCAACUUUCUGGUCAAUACGGGCAACGUGGGCGACAGAAUCAGGGUUGUGCAGGACUCUGGCAGUUACGUCCCCACAUCCUGGAUCACUGAGUCCCAGCUUUCCCAAAUGACUGAGGUCCUAACUCAUAGAAUCAAAGACAUCCAGAGGAGGUUUCCAACCUGGACCCCUGACCAGUACCUGAGAGGUGGACUCUGCACCUACGUCGGAGGUCCUGGCUAUGUCAGAAGCACCCAGGACCUAGGCUGUGACUUCUGCAAUGAUGUCCUUGCACGAGCCAAAUACUUCAAGAGACACGGCUUCUAA